ACUAUCAUUCGAAAAACUGCACAUUAAUCGGUCUUAUCAGUAAAAGUCAGCAUAGUCUAACACAUUUUUUUUCACACUUUUGUGGUUUUUUCUUUUAAUUCCUGGAAAAUUUCGCCGGUACAAUGGAGCAAUGGAAAGUGAUGGUCCUGAUUUGUAUGUAUGGAGCUGUAAAAGAGUUCCGGCCCACCGAACCGUACAUGUAUGAAUAUCAGCAUACAGUUCUGAAUAUGUCAGAGCAGACUUUGAAUAGUCAGGUGUACCCUAUUUGGACGUACAGCUACUUGAUCACCCUGAUACCAGCGUUCCUACUCACCGAUGUAUUUUUAUAUAAGCCUUUGCUAGUUUUCGAAGCGUUUUCCUAUUUUCUGUGCUGGGUCAUAUUUGUAUUUGGAAAGAGUGUCUGGAGUCAGCAAGUUCUUGAAGUGUUCUAUGGAUGGGCUACUGCAACGGAAAUUGCGUAUUUCGCGUAUAUUUAUGUGAAAGUUCCAAAAACCGAGUAUAAAUCAGCAACCGCUUUUACAAGAGCAGCACUCCUCGUCGGUCGAUUUCUAGCUUAUGCUCUAGCUCAACUCCUCAUUGGCCUUAACUGGACAUCGUAUUCAACUCUUAAUAUUAUCAGUUUGGUCGCCAUGACAAUUGCGGUAUUCCUGGCAUUAAUAUUACCUGGUGUUGAGUGGAAGGAAGCUUAUGAGAAGAAGCUGGAAGAUAAUAAUGUUCAAGGCAAUUUAAAAGAAAUCGUUGAUCAGUCAAGUUAUAUGGAUUACCUUAGGAUGUUCUUUGUCGGGUUGCGGCAUAAUUUAAUGGCGAUUUAUCGCAAUCCGCUGAUUUUGAAGUGGUCUGUUUGGUCGGCUCUUUCGAGUUGCAUUUUUUAUCAGGUCACAAACUACACCCAAACUUUAUGGGGUACACUUCCGGAGUCUGCGAAUCGUUAUAAUGGUAUCACCGAAGCCCUCGUCCCACUUCUUGGCAUCCCAGCUGACCUGAUCACCCGCCAGCUCAACGUGAAUUGGAACCGAUGGGGAGACCUUCUCCUUGCUGUUGGCUCCAUCGGACAAGCCGGCCUACUUUUUUGGAUGUCACAAUCUCAUCAUAUCGUGGUGUUAUACCUGAGUUACAUAUUCUAUAGAGUCAUAUACCAGUUGACCACUACGAUUGCUCAGUCUACACUGGCCUUUUCCCUGGACUCUAGACUAUUUGGCCUACUCUUCGGGAUUAACACAUUUGUUGCUCUCCUUCUUCAAUCUAUUCUGACCGCUGUUGUCAUAGAUUGGCAGAAGCUGGAUAUUAGGCCACAGUUUGUGGUCUAUUCAUGUUAUCAUCUUGUCGUUGCAUUUGGAUUUGCUAUUAUUUUUGGAAUUUGGGCGAGCAGGCGGUUUUUCAAAACGAGUACUAAUUGAUUUUUUGUUAACUAUACUAUAAUAUAUCUAAAAUUUGGGAACACUAUUAUGGAUGAAAUGAGGAAAUAUUUUGACGCGGAACUCAUUUUUUCUAAUAUCAGAACAAAACACAUGUUUUUAAUGUUACAUUUCGCAAAUUUUGUGAUCUAAUUGGAACUUUUAUCAAAACAUAAAAUAUUAAAGUACAUCCCUUUAAAAAUGUUUUGACCUUCUACAAUUUCUAGUAUAAUUUGACUACAGAGAGGGCGAU